CAAUCUUCACCCGCCUGUUCGGCACGUCGUCGACUGCUUCUCCCGCCAUCAUGUCCGCUGCGAAGGUUAAGGCUGAGGGGUUGAUUCAGGAGAAUGCUGUUGUGGUCUUCUCUAAAUCUUACUGCCCCUACUGCAAGGCGAGCAAGUCGCUGCUGAAUGAGUUGAACGCGAAGUAUACGACUGUUGAGUUGGAUCAGAUUGACGACGGCCCCGCCAUCCAAGACGCCCUCCAGGAAAUCAGCGCCCAGCGCACCGUCCCCAACAUCUUCAUCCAGCAGAAGCAUAUCGGCGGGAACUCUGAUCUGCAGGCCAAGAAGGCUGAUCUGCCUGCUUUGUUGAAGGCGGCUGGGGCUGCUUAAGUUUACCUACCAUACUUGGCCGAUGAUUGAUUUUACUAUACUUGGCUUGGAUUGAUUUUACCAUACUUGGCCGGUGAUUGAUUU